AUGAAGCAACUUGAGAUUGAGAAUGGAGAUUUCCCGCCAAAAAGUGUCGAGUUAGUUACACUCACAUCUACUCCUUGUUACCAGCCGAAAAGGAUAAAAUCAGUUGAAAAGACGUCCGAUUCAGUUAAGAUUACAGUUACAGAGAGAUCAUCAUCACAUUUCCCGCCAAAAAAGAAUCUGGCUAGGCAGCUUGUCUUCACAGAGUUCGGCCUAUCUCCCAUCAUCUCAACUUCAUCACCGUUGCCGGUGGAGAAGCCGGGCUCCGAGAUGCAUUUGUCUCCUAGGAGUCCUUUUUCCUCGAUAUCCAAGUCAUCAGAUUCUCCAAUACCGGUCCCAUGGGCUAAUAUUAAAGCAAACAAUGGUACUCCAAAAGGUCCAAAACAAUGCGGUUGCAAACAAUCUAAAUGCUUAAAAUUGUACUGUGAUUGCUUUGCUUCCGGAGAGUAUUGUAAUGGGUGUACAUGUGCUGAUUGUUGCAAUAAUGUUGAGAAUGAGGAUCUGCGGAAAGCAGCAACCGAAAUCAUUUUAGAACGUAAUCCACGUGCUUUCAAGCCAAAGAUUUCAAACAGUCCAUGUAGUCCUCAAGAUAUUGAGGGAGAUAAAAUAGAUUCUCCACAAGUGGGGAGGCACGAGAGGGGAUGCCACUGCAAGAAAUCUGAAUGCCUGAAGAGGUACUGCGAGUGUUUCCAAGCUAAUGUCUUCUGCUCUCAGAACUGCAAAUGUGUGGAUUGCAAGAAUUUUGAGGCAUGCAAGGAGUUGAUAACUGCUUCUUGCAAGGAAGACAGUACGUCCAUUAUCUGUAAGAACUCUGAGGGAUGUUAUGGGAGGAUUGCUAGUUCUCAGAUGGACAAUGCCAGCAGGAAACUUUACAAGAGCUUUAAAGGAUCUGAGGGACUUAUGGCAAUCACUGGUGGUGAUUGCAUUGAUACAAAAAUCUACAUUCAGCGGGUUAUUACAACAACUUCAGAUGCCACUGGUUUAUCGGGUCAGCGCUUGUCCCAGGAAUCUAGGAAGAGGAAACUUCAGGAGCUUCCUUCAAAUGAGAAAAUUUCACCAAGUCAAAGCUUCUCUGACUUACAAAAGGUGAUCAGUCAAAGAAGCUCUUGCCCCUCAUCUACCUUGUCAGUUGGCCCUACUUGUCAUAUAAUUAAUUCUGCUAUGGUGGGCUCUUUAAGGGAUCCAUACAGAUUGACGGUAGCUAAUGUCUAUCAUCUACUUGACACAAGCAAAGUCUGCUCAGGAUUGGCCGUUUUAGCAGAAGCCGCAGCUUUAGCUCAAGCUGCCAAUCUUUUCGCAGAGGUGAAAGAUGGAGAAGAAAACAAGAAUGGUGACAUUCUUGGAGCCAAGGAAGAUGACUAUCAGGAGCGACCAGCUCAAGUUCAAAAAAAGGCAGCUGAUGACUUUAAUCUAGGUUUUGCUGCUAAGGAUGUGCAAGAAGGAAGGGCUUCACUUCCUGGAAUGGUCGGAUUAAUCUGUAAUGAAAAAAAUAAACAGUUGAUGGAACCUACUUCAGGAGACCAGAUUCUGAACCGUAACCUCAAGAAUGCCUAUGCAGAGCAGGAAAGGUCUGUUUUGUCCAGUUUCCUAGACUUUCUUGAGAAACUCAUCAUUUUUUCACAGGUAGAUGAUGCUCUUCUAUUCCCCUUUCAUUAUCUUCUUCGUGUUUACGGGACAAAUCAGUGCUUCCAUGAUCAGUAAGAACUCUGAGGAACAUGACGGGAGGAUUGCUAAUACUCAGAUGGACAAUGCUGAAGACAGGAACUGAAGUUUAGCUCAACUUGAUGCUGAGCUUUUGGCAGCAGUAAUCAUCCUAAAGCUCAUGAUAAAGAAAAAUGUUGGCACGUUUAUUUGUGCUGGCAUUACCGGCCUCAAUGAAGGGUACACUGUAGACUACUAAACUAGUUGAAACAGGAAACCGGAACUUAAAACAUUUCUACAAUUUGACAUCUGUUUUACAUUUCACUGACCUGAUUUUCUCUACCCAGUUCACAGCAGGUGAUGUUGGGGUCUCAGAUUUUUCUACUGUCUCUAAUACAGGAAGAUCAGCAUUUUUCUUUUGUUUCUCCA